AGGAGGAGGCCCCGCCAGAGAGGGAACAGGUCUCGGGGAGCCGGACGAGGAGGAGGAGGGCGCCCCGUCUGCCAUGAGGGCAGUUGCUAUAGCUAGAUUAAUCAUUGCCAGAAACUGGUGGACGAAGUUAUGGGAAGUAUGGUUAAUGGAGAAGAUUACAGACGAUGUCAGGAGAACCUCUGGGGCAAGGAACUAACAAUGACUACAGAGGAAGACGUAUCUUGGUCUGUUCCAAUGAAAGCGAUUGGAUCACAGAACCUACUGACCAUGCCUGGUGGUGUCACCAAGUCGGGAUACCUGCAUAAAAAAGGAGGAACUCAGUUUCAGCUCUUAAAGUGGCCACUUAGGUUUGUAAUUAUCCACAAGGGUUGCAUUUACUACUUCAAGAGUAGCACAUCAGCAUCUCCUCAGGGUGCUUUUUCACUGAAGGGCUAUAACAGGGUUAUGCGGGCAGCAGAAGAGACAACAUCAAACAAUGUAUUCCCUUUCAAGUUGGUUCACAUUAGCAAGAAGCAUAGGACCUGGUUUUUUUCUGCCUCCUCUGAAGAUGAAAGGAAGGACUGGAUGACCUCACUUAGGAAGGAAAUAGAUCACUACCAUGAGAAGAAGGAAGCUGUCCCUGAUUUAAGUGACUCUGGUUCAGAUGUUGACAGUUUCUAUGGCUCAGUAGAACAACCUGUUAAUAUACAUUACUCUCAGCAUUCAAUAGAAAAUUCAGAUUAUGACCAGGAUGAAGACGAUGAAUAUUUACUGCCAGAUAAUUCAGACUGUGUGAAAUGUGAAGCAGAUGAAAACCUCUUUCCACCAAAAUACCCACUCCCUCCAGUUCCUCAAAUGGGAAGAAUUUCUUGUUUAGAGAUGAAGGCACACUCAUUUUCUGGCAAAUCCAGUGUGGCUGUGCUUCCACCACUGCCACCACUGAAAAGCAGUUUGCCUGAUAUUAGACCUGAUUUUGUUCUCAGUAUGAGAGGAGAAUUUCCUUUUAACUACCAAGCACAGCAUAAUAAAAAAGCCCACUCAACAUGUCCGCAAACAAGUGGCCGGGGACCACCAGUACCUCCAGUUUCUUCAGUUAAAAAGCACAUCUCCUUCACAGAAACUUGUUCUGUAUCAGCUGCUUGUCUGCCAAAAGCCCAUGUGUUACCUAUAGCCAAAGAAUGUGGGAAGCUUAAAGGGUUAAAACUUUCUGCAGAAGCCCCACCUCCAUUGCCAAGUAGCAAGCCCAAAUUAUCACAGUGGAGCCUGAAUACAAUGAAUAUAAAAGAACCAAGAAAACAAGAUAAGCCUGGACUGCUGACAUCAAAAGUGCUAUCUAACUCUCAGGUGUCUAGGGACAAACCACCUGUGCCUGUGUCCAAACCAGAAAAGCCUUUCCCUUCACAGAGAUCAUCUCCAGACGGACAAAGUUUCCGAAACUCUUCAUUUGAAAAACCAGCCUUACCUUCAAAAUCAAAGUUAUCUGGAGAAGAUUCAGAUGACGACUAUGAAAAAGUUGAGCUACCAAGUUCUGUUUUUGUCAAUACCUCUGACUCCCUUGAAAUUGAAAGGCUGUUCAAAUCUGAAAAUCCCAGAGGACAUCUGAAAAAUGGAUUAUUCUGUAUUAGGAAUUCAUCUACAAAAACUGGAAAGGUAUUAGUUGUAUGGGAUGAAUCCAUGGAGAAAGUGAGAAACUACAGAAUCUUUCAACAGGACUCCAAGUUUUACCUGGAGGCAGAUGUUCUGUUUAUGAGUCUUGGGAGUCUGGUUGAAUACUACUCCAGCCAUGUCUUGCCAGGCCACAACAAUUUGAUCUUAACAUUUCCUUAUGGUUAUUUUGGACCAAGGUGACAGACCUUCAUAAUCUACUGUUAAAUUAAUCACAGUGACCAAGUAUAGGUUUACAGGAUGCAAAUAUUUAUUUCCCCCUGCAAAUCAGGUAUGAUGAAUGCAUGGGUCACCAGAUGAUGUUGGACUGCAGCACCCAUCCUCCUUCACAAUUGACUCUUAGGUGAUAAAUUAUAAUCCACCAUCAUCCCAUCUCCCAGUAUAAACUAGCAAGGAAUAACUACACUCCUUGCCCAGAAUCUAGGGCUAUUUCAACUAUAUCUGAUCUCUUGUCUGAAUUUCUGGGUUACAUAUAAUAAGGAGUACGACAUUGUCAGAAGGACGCUGACACAUUUUUGGUGUAGUUAACUCUGCAAUGUGAGUAUUCAAUAGACACCUUGCUUGAGCUGCUAUUGUGUCUAUAAACCUAUGGAUAUGAAGUUAUGGUGACUGACAGAACUCUUACGAAAAACAUUUCUAAAAGCAAAGUGCUAAUGAUCAUAUUACUGUUGUUUUCCUGACUUAUUUUUUGCACUGAUGUCUGAGAUGCUAUUGUAUUAGUGUUUAAUUAAGCUAGAGAGAAAAGGCACAAAAUAUAUUUGUUUCCAGAAUUUAAAAGUCAGUGGGCCAUUUUUAUUUUGUAACCUAAAAAAAUAGCAGUCUUAGGUCCAAAACACACUGCAGAAAUAAUCCAGUUUGAGACCGUUUUAACUACCUGGUUCCGUGCUGGCCAAAUGGCUGUA